AUGCGUCUGAGCAGUCUCCUCGCCGGUGUCACCCUCGCCUUUGCCACAUCCUCGCAGGCUCUGAACAUCCUGCUGAAUAACGACGAUAGCUUUGGCUCAGCAAACUUACGCGAGGUCUACCGACUUCUAAAGAAAGAUGGCCAUGAUGGCAAGAAGCCCAAUCUAUUGCUUUGUGGCCAGGGAGGCCGGUCAGAGUUUACCCAGUAUGCCAACCUCACAGGCCCAUCUCAGUAUAACAUUAUCCCCGCGGGGGAACCAUCGGUUGGCCCGGAUCCAAUUGACAGCCAUAUCUGGUACUACAACGGAACACCAGCUGCCUGCACCUUUGUUGCCCUAGACUACGUUCUCCCACGCUUCGCCGACUUCAAGGUGCCUGAUCUUGUGGUCACCGGCCCCAACUAUGGAACCAACCUCGGUCCUUUUGUCUGGACUCUUUCCGGAACAGCUGGCGCUGCAUAUGCCGCGACCCACCGCAGCAUCCCUGCCAUCGCCCUCUCAGCAAGCAACAAGGCAACCCCGUACUUUGACAUUCACAACGAGACCAACCCCGCCACUUGGGCCGCCGAGGUGGGCGUCAAGGUUGUCAACACCGUCAUCAACAGCGCGCCCAAGGGUGGGCCUCUUCUGCCCCUCGGAUACGGCCUCAACGUCAACAUCCCCGAGCUCAAGGGCAACCACUCCGAUCUUAAGUAUGUCCAGACGCGCAUGACUGGCAAUGCCCACGUCAACGAGGCUGUGCUGGACGCCGAGAAGGGAACCUUUGAUUGGGCCAACAUCAAGCCCUAUGCUGCGGGUGUCAACACCUGUGUGAAUGGUGACUGCUCUCUCGAGGGAGAGACGUAUGUCGUUGAGAAUGGUGCCGUUUCCAUUUCCAUCUACAUCGUCGACUAUACGGCUCCAAGCAGUAGAAGCACCAAGAGCAUUAUGCAGCGCAUCAACCCCUUAGCUCCUUUGGAGUAG